AUGAGUCAUGGGCUGUCCAUGCAGGUCAAAUGUCUUCAAAUGAAAUUCUGCCACUUUGACUUUCCUGCUCAGGUCCUAAAGCUGGUGUCAGACCUCCGGAACCAUCCCGCGGCCGUGCUGAUGGCAGAGGGCCAUCCCAUGGUGAUCAGCUCCGACGACCCGGCUCUGUUCGGAGCGUCCGGUCUCUCGUACGACUUCUACAAGGCUUUCAUGGGCUUAGGAGGAAUGAAAUCGAAUUUAGCUACACUGAAAGAGCUCGUGUUAAACUCUCUAAGGUACAGCUCCUUGCCUCCCACUGUGAAGGAAAAGGCCAUUUCAGCCUUGCUAAGGAAGUGGGACAAGUUUGUCUCAGAGAGUUUGCUGUGAACCUGCAGGAGGACCUGCUGGGGAACCUGUUGGAGAACCUGCUGGUGACCAUAGAGACACUUUUUAUAGGCUGCAUUUUUAUACACGCAAGAAUGAAAAAAUUUUACCUGACUGUGUGUCAGAAUUGAAAGGAAUGUUUUACUGGCA